UAAUAAUCAAGUGUUUAAAUUGAUCUGUGCUGUACAAUGCAAUUUUGUGUCAUUUAUACUCAAAUUUUAUAAAUAUUUUGAAUUAUUAAUCUAAGUUAAAAUAAUGCAAAAAAUAUAUUUUAUUUAUCACUACAUUUCUAUAAUAUUAAUGUAAAGUUUUAACUAACGAAAAUACUAAAAUAUCUACUUGUAAAUAUCUUAUAUAUAUAUUAUAAAUAUAGUUUCGAUCCGCUGUGUGUUUACAUGAAUUUUUAUAUUGUUUUAACCAGUAUAAACAAUGCGGUGUUCUGUGCCGGGAUGUAAAAAUGAUUCAAGAUAUAUUUCUAAAUCUCAGGGGAUUACGUUUCAUGUCUUCCCCUACGAAAGCAGUCUCCGCACGGCAUGGCUGCAAGCAGUCGGCAAGCGGCACUGGGAGCCGAAAGAGAGGAGUGCUGUCUGCUCAGAGCACUUCCUCGGCGAGGACCUGUACGAAACCAAGAGCGGCCUGAGGAAGGUCAGAGCUGGUGCUGUGCCUAUCAUCACGCAGGAUUCAACCAACUGCGAUAAUAAAAAAUCGCCAGGCUUGAAGGUAUGCAGGAUUUGCCUGGAGAUGAGCAGCAAGCUUUUCUCCAUGAAGAAGUAUAAGUUACUGCAGCCAUAUCAACACAUAACUGGACUAACCGUGAACGACGAGGACCGCCUCCCGAGGAAGUUGUGUGCGGAGUGCGCACACCGCCUCCUCAGCUGCCACCGCUUCCGGGACAAGAGCCUGCGAGCCAACCAGCUCAUGGUGGAACUGCUCAAGAGGGAAGACAGUCUGACACCUGACAACAUUAAAACAAUAGAUAGGCUCAACAAUCGGUUAGUAUCGGAUCUAGAAACUAAACAUUACCCGACUGAUCAUUGCGAGUUAUACAUAAUAGAUCCAGAAGAUACAAAGAAUAUAAAAGCAGAAGAGGUAGCACAGAGAGAAGAUGAUGUAAAACCUGAGAUCAACACUGACAUUUUUGCUGAUGAAUUUCUCGAAGAGAGCAAAGUAAACGAUGCGAUCGACGACGAUUUCGACGCAGAUUAUGUUCAAGCGGAGAAAGAGUAUUCAACAGACGACAGUCUGCCGUUAGACAAGAGAAGGGAGAAGAGCAAAAAGAGAAAGAAGGUAGUUAAGAACGUAAAGAAGAAACAGGCGAAGGAUCCGACGCAGCCGAAAAUUGAUAGGCGAAGAAAACCGUUUUUGAACGACGAUCUGAACGAAACCCUGUUCACAAUAACUAAUCUCUCGUUUGAUGAACAAGUUGCGGAAAUACUGAAAAGGCAAGAAAGUGCAAAUUAUAAAAAUUCCGUAUUUAAAUGUAUGGAGUGUUACAAAGGAUUUUUGGAUAAAGAAGCCUAUAAUUCGCAUAUGAGCAGGCAUACAGACCAAUGCGGCGAGUAUCAAUGCGAUAUAUGCAAGACGCAUUUCAAGCAUCCGCACGCGUUAAGGAAACACAUAACGGCCCACCACACGCAGCGGUUCAGCUGCAACAGGUGUCCGUACGUAACGACCCACAGGCAGACGGCCAGGCUGCACGAGAGGUGGCACAAGGGCACCAAGUAUCAGUGCCCGCACUGUCCUGACGAGUUCCAAAAGUUCACGACGUACAUGGGACACAUACGUAUCAAGCAUCCAUCGGACUUUGUCUGCCAGUUAUGCGGGUAUUCGUUCGUGAGUGAAAAAGGGAUACAGCUGCACAAGAAGUUGAAGCACCGGUUGGAAGAUGAGCAGAUCCCAGAAGACGGGCCCUAUUGUGAACAAUGCAAUGUUCGGUUCGUCUCGCCUGAAGCCCUGAAACGCCACAUCGUGGUGUCGGCUCGCCACGCGGACGAGGACAAAGAGGCUAACAAGCCCAAGAGGGGCCGGAAGACCAGGGACGCGGUGGAGAAGGAGAGGACGGCCAAAGAGAAGGCGGACGAUGACAAGAAAGUGUACCCAAGUCAGAUGAGGAAGGCCGAGGGGCCGAUACCAUGCGAACAGUGCGGUCUGCAGCUGGAGGACUCGCGCGCAUACCACGGCCACUUCCGGCGGAUGCACCCGGACAAGAAUCGAACCAAGUACCCGUCGAUGAAAUCACCGUGCAUGUGCGAGGUCUGCGGUAGAAUGUUCCAGAGCUACGCACUGCUGAAGGACCACCGCUGGACUCACACCGGCGAGAGGCCGUUCGCGUGCGAGUCGUGCGGCAAGGCAUUCCGCAUGAAGCAGAGACUCGUCGCCCACCGUCGGGUCCACGCGCAGCAUAAAGCCAGCUACGGUUGUUCACUCUGCGGCAAGCACUUUUCCACGCACAGCAAUCGGCAGCGGCAUAUGUUUAUUCACACCGGUCUGAAGCCGUUCAAGUGUGAGAUGUGUGGCAAGGGAUUCAAGCACGCAAGCGAGAAGCGGGCUCACAUCACGUAUGUGCACCUCAAGAAGCCCUGGCCGAAGAGGACGCGCGGCAAGCGGCGACCGGACGGACGGACGGGACAGAUGCAGCCGCAGCAGUCCGCGCCAACGAGCGCGAGCGAGAUGGACAUAGCGCAGCCGCUGUGGCCCGCGUGCGACCAGAAACUGGCCGAGAUGAACCCCAUAAUGGACGAUAAACCUAUGUAUUAUAAUUUAAAGAUAUAGUGAAGUGUAGUUUUAGUGUCCACACGUGUGUAAAGUAUAUUAGAAUACACUGUAGUGCCAUUGCUUGCGGUGGGUUCAGGGAUAUAUAUAUAUUUUUUUAUACAACUUAGAAUGGCAAACAAGCUGACGGCUCACCUGAUAGUAAGUGGUAACCGUCGCCUAUAGACAUGAGCAGUACCAUGGACAUAACAGAGUAUACUGUUUUGCCCAUGAUACCCAUGCGUUGCCAUUCCUGAGGACUCGGGUGUUAUUCCUCUGUACCCAGUGAAUUCACGCCAUAUCCCACCCUUCAAACCGAAACAACCAUGCAAACACAACUGCUUCACGGUUGAAACACGAAUGGAACAGAGGUACCCAAGCAAUCGACUUUUGUACAAAGUCUCCCUCUGGUAAAUAUUCCUUCACGAAACUUGGUUGAAAUAGUAACCCGGGGGGGGGGGAGUUACCAGGAUAUUUUUUUUAAUGGAUGAUAAUGCAAUGGUAACCGCAAUGGUGGCAGGUAUACACUGGCGGAGCACCAGUGAGGGAAGUUAGAUGAGAAUGAAAAGGCAGGUCAGUUAGCCAAUCGUGAUGAAUAUAUCUUAAAAUACAGCACUAUGGUUUCCAAGGAGGCCACGUGGAGGUUGAACUGUUUUUUUUUUUUAAUGGAUGAUAAUGGAACGGUAACCCGUGCUAUCGGUAUACAUCGGCGGGGCACCAGUGAAGGAUGAUAGGUGAGGAUGAAGCAGGUCAGUUAGCCCAUCGUGACGAAUUCAACAAGAAUUGUUCACGAUGGUUUCCAGGGGGAACCACGUGGCGGUCUACCUAAUAAGGCAUAUUGCUAGCAAUGGGGCUGUCAAACUCCAUUGCUAACAAUUCCUUUCCUCCCAAGGUUGACCUGUUAGGGUAUAUUGUUAGCAAUGGAACUUGUAAUCCGCAUUACUAACACCCCCCCCCCCCCCUCUCAUUAUCCACAUCGAUUGAGAACGCUCUCAACGAAGUAAUGUAAAUAGAGGUGUGCAAAUCCGAAUGAUUUUGUUAUUCAAAUAAUUUGUUCCUGAAGGUUUAACUUAAAAUUUGGUGUGUUUAUUCAUUAAUUUACAGAGGAAUAACACCUGAGUCCUCAGGAAUGGCAACGCAUGGGGGUAUCAUGGACGAAACAGUAUACUCUGUUAUGUCCACGGUACUGCUCAUGUCUAUAGGCGACGGUUACCACUUUCCAUCAGGUGGGCCGUCAGCUUGUUUGCCAUUCUAAGUCGCAUAAAGAAAAUCUUACUUUUUUAAUUUACCUGUUUAUGAAAUCCUCUCGUAAUAUGUCUCUGCUUGUAUGAAUCAGCACUUUAUGGCAGCUAUAUAAUUAUAAGUAAGCAAUAUUAAAUUAAGUGAUAAUUAUUCCUAUUAUUAAUUAUUUUUAUUAUUAUAUAAUAAAUAAGGUAAAAAAAAAACAAUAAAAAAUACAAAACAUGUCUAAAGCCUAACUGCGGUUGUCAAUCCGCCUACUAAGCGUGGCAACUACAGGCAAAACCCCCCAAGGGGGAGGCUUAUGUUCAGCAGUGGACAGUUAAAGGCUGGUAUGACGAUGAUGAAUAAAUAAGGUGAUUUUGCCCCAGUAUAUAGAGUUCCGUGUUUUGGGGAUCUACCAUGAAAUUUCGAAGUUUCGGACUCAGUUUCGUGUUAUCGUUCAAUUCAAUCGGUCCAAUGAAUGGAGCUUAACAUUUUGUUUGUCAUAAAUCGCAUUACACGUCGCAUGAGGUGGGCGAGGAUCAUGAAUGAGAACCUCAUGCGUGCGUUCUACAAAGCCACAGGGACAGAGACAGGCAGAACAGGAUACCGGGCAGUGAUGCACCGCGGGUUUCUGCGUCGUUCACCGGAUUUGACCGUCUCGGAAUAGAACAUAGUUGACAGAGGACAUGACACACGGCGCUCGGGUAUGUGAGCUCAGGUGAGGUUGUUCCAGAAGCAAACUCGACAACCGUGGAGCAAACCACUUUUGAUGCGCUACCUAGUGCAGAGAUAAUCGAAGACGAAAUAUCUCCGGAAGAGAAUGCUGGUGGAACAACUUCUCAGGAGCAAAUGAGGAGUAUACUAGAGAGGGUCCAGAGGUAUCAACAAAAUCGUUUCUUUAUGAGCGAUCAGUGUAAGUUGUACAGGAACUUGGAGCACCCUAAACUGCAGCCCACAGGGGAAAGACCAGAAACGGCCAAUUUCGUCGCAUUUUGGCUACAGUUGUGGUUUGAACCUCUGGAGCAUACAUCCAUCGAAAUGAUCCCAAUCAUUCCAUUAGGGAAUGGUCAAAUCCCAACUAGUCUGGAACAAUACCUCUGGCGGUUGGGAUUCCGAGGCGGCUCACUCCCGGAAAAGAUGCAGAAAGCUCUUAGAUACUGCCCACAUUGUAUGCCGGUUUCUCUCCCUGGGGCCCUGAACCCCGGCCGACUGUGCUUCUGCCGGGGAUUAGUUUGCCAUCUCCCUUUAAGAGAGAUGUGAAUUUUGAGAAAAUAAAAUAAUAAGUACAAAUGUGUACUUGCAUGCUUGUGUGUGUCGCAUUUAAUUGUGUUAAAAAGCUCUAUUCAUGGACACGAGGGUAUCUUACGAAAACUAAACUUUGUGACUUUAAAGCAAAUUUAUAUAUAAUUAUUUAUAUUUAUAUACAUAUUGUAUGUAAAAUAUAUUUUUAUUGGGAUAAAAUGUUCAGCCAUGCAGACCAGAGGGAGACUGUACAAAAGUCGUUUGCUUGAGCACCUCUGUCCCAUUCGUGUUUCAACCGUGAAGCAGUUGUGUUUGCAUGGCUCUGUUUCGGUUCGAAGGAUGGGAUAUGGUGUGAAUUUACAGGGUACAGAGGAAUAACAUCCGAGUCCUCAGGAAUGGCAACGCAUGGGGGGUAUCAUGGGCGAAACAGUACACUCUGUUAUGUCCAUGGUACUGCUCAUGUGUAUAGGCGACGGUUACCACUUUCCAUCAGUUGGGCCGUCAGCUUGUUUGCCAUUCUAAGUUGUAUAAAAAAAGGCCUUAGCGAAGCAUGGCUGACUUUAAAUUAUAUAUGAGGAUGGUGAAAAUGACGAUGAAAUAAAUUUUCUAAUUAUGCGACAGAUAUUAAGAAUGACGUCAUUUUUUAUUUAUUUUUAUUAUUUAUUUAAAAAAAAAUAUUCAUGAUUUGAUUGUAUAUAAAAAAAAAUAAGUGUAUUUUGUAUUUAUUAAAGUGAAAAAUAAAAUUUACUUUAAA